CUUGCCCACCAAUCCCACCACUGCCAAGCCUCCCCUUCUGCCCUCCCCCCGCCUUGCACAAACACUCCCUAUGGCCAAUGGCAGGGCGCGGGCGCGGGCACGACGCAGGCCGGCUGCGGGAGCGCGCGUGCUAAAUGUGAACGCGCAUCGGGGGGAGCGCGCAUUGCUGCAGGCGAGAGCGGGGAGAGUGGGCAGAAGCGGAGCUUGCUCCUGGCUGCAAGUCGAAGCAGAUACAUAACCGAUUGUACCAUCAUGGCGGAUACAGAGGAGCUCUUAGAAGAGAUGCAGGAGAAGGAGGAAGUAGAAGAAAUAGCAGAAGAGGAAGAAGAAGCUGCUGAGGAUGAAGCCAUGCUGGAAGAAGACCUUCCCCAAGCAGAAGAAACUGAAGAAGAAGAGGCCAAGCCUAAACCAAAAUUAUUUGUGCCAACUCUCGCUCCCAAAAUGCCCGAUGGUGAAAAGGUUGACUUUGAUGACAUUCAGAGGAAGCGUAUGGAAAAGGAUCUUGUGGAACUUCAAGCUCUCAUUGAGUCUCAUUUCGAGAGGAGGAAGAAAGAGGAAGAGGAGCUUAUCGCUUUAAAAGACAGAAUUGAAAAGCGCAGAGCAGAAAGGUCGGAACAACAGCGGAUCCGGGCAGAGAAGGAGAAGGAUCGUUUGCACCGAGCGGCUGAGGAAAAGACAAGAAAAGAAGAGGAACUUCGAAAGAAGGUGGAAGAGGAUUUCAAGAAGAAGAAGGUUCUGUCCAAUAUGUCACUGCACUAUGGAAGCUUCCUGCAUAAGACUGAGAGCCGUAAAGGUGGCAAGAAGCAAACGGAGAGAGAAAAGAAGAAAAAGAUUUUGGCGGACAGGCGCAAACCUCUCAACACCGAGAAUCUCGGCGAAGAAAAACUCAAGGAGAAGGCAAGUGAGCUGGCAGAAUGGUUGCAACAACUUGAGGGGGAGAAGUUCGAUCUCAGUGAGAAUCUGAAGAGGCAGAAAUAUGAAAUCAGCCUUCUGCAGAUCCGAGUUCAGGAGCAAAUGGGGAAAUUCAGUACGAAGGGAACUCGUGGCAAAGCCAAGGUAGGCGGCCGCUGGAAAUAAUCGGUGACCGGAACAGAACGGGAUCUGCAUCUUGUGAUGUCCCCCCGAACGCAAGGACGGACUUCCAAACACCAAUAAAUGACUUUUCUAUGUUAA